CGAUUGUGUUGGAGAAACUGCACUGGCUAGGUCAUCGUCACAGUGGCAUAUAAAAAUCGUCGUCGCAGAGUAAAGUCCUAAUGCUGGUCGCAAGCUUCCCCAAGAUUUGUAACUUCAUGCAUCGCAGCAACAUCAUCUUGUGUUGAAGCACCCUGUGGAAGUGAAGUCACCUCAUGUUCGAGCCCAGGCUUUAGUCUCUCUCUCAGAUUCGUUCAUUGCGAAACCUUCCAAUGCGCCAUUCUGUGUUCAUUUGCCUCCAGCUCAGUUCUAACAAUCGCAUUCCAAGUUGCGUAGUUGCGCCUCACCCGCCCACUGGGUGCUCUUGCGUAUUUAUUUGAUGUUUACCGCUCUGGCUCAUUGCGGUAGUCAAUGUUGGAUUGCUCUUGUUGAGCCUGAGGUUUGAAUUGUGUUGGGAGAAGAAGCGGUGUUUUUCUUUCUUUGUUUUGAUGAUUUAAGUGAUAGGUUGCUGCUGGAGAAGAGAGCUCGAGGAUUGCGUGACAUGCGACACAAUUUGUGACUGGGUCGGCCACGUAUUGGAUUUUAUCAGCCAUAGAGGGGUAGGAAGCAUGAGGUUGGGGGUGACCCACACGGGGGUGUCGCAUUCUUAUCUGAGUGCUCACGGUCGCUUUCACCAUGAGAUUGGAACGACAUCGCCCUCGGUGGUGUGCCUUCGGGUGGUGAACCGGGAUGGGGAGAGCAGUAGGAAGGGGUUUGGAGGGGGUGACGAGAACAAGAAGAAGGCGAAGAAGCAAGGUGGAGGUGCAGGGAAGCAGCAAUAUCUGGGUGGUGGCGGUGUGAGACGGGAGGAUAACAGACGCGCCGUUGCUGUGAAAGAAGGCUCAAGGCAGCUCCAGAAUGUGCUCAGAAGUGUGGAUAAGGAAACUGCCGCUCAACAACAAAAGAAAUUGGGCAUAGAUCCUGACAUGGCAGCGAAAGGGAAAGUAGACUUUGUUCGGGUGGAGGCGUGGGGAGCCGAGGGCACUGAAGCUGAGCUAGAAAACUUAAAGUUGAAGAGUUUUAGUCCAACGUAUAGUUCGGAAGACACUGCGCCUUUUUAUGAACAGCUUGUUCGGCGCCUGCAACUUUUAGAAUCUAAGGGGGAGUUGGCAGUAGUGCAAGCAAAGCCGCUGCCACCGUUCGAACGCUGGAACUUUGGCGAACAACGCUAUAUGCAGUUCCUACAGGACCAGCUUGCAGUCUACACAGCUUUGAAGGAUGUUAUCGCAGCAGUAAAGAACUCAAGAACCCAGGGUGAUACAAUUGCCUCUGAUAGUGUUGACGAUAUUGACAACAGAACUUCAUUAGCUAUAGCCACUUUUGACUCCAGUCUUGGACUCGAUCGUCAUGAGGAGCUUGCAGCAGAUAUUCAAGCUUUGAGCGAAGCAACCAGUCGUAUUGGUAUGUCUUUAGAGGUUGGAGCUCCCACGACUCAAACGACUGCUUAUAUUAAGCGCUUAGAGCAAAUAGGACUCAGUGCUACAUCUACAGAGAAUGGUCCAGCAGAAGGAUGUCUUCGAUUAUUGGCACAUAUUUUUGCAAUUCAUGUGGCCCACCUCACUACAGGCAUGAGGGUGGGAGCGAAAGCUGUGGAAUGCUUGUCCUUAUUAAAAGAGGCCAGAGCUGUGCGCUUUUACCGUGACUACCCUAAGCAAGCGCAAGAUCCACUGAGAGUUCUGAUAGGGGCGCUGAACACGGCAGGUUCCUACCUGGUUCUGCCCGAGGAACGUGAACAGGUGAUGCAGGAGCUACCAAAAGCCAUUCAGAGAACAAGCUUGUUAUUAUCAGUUCUUGCUGUUGAAGAACAACAAUAGCGCGACAUUUUUGGGGUUAGUACCAGAUUAGAAUUUGUUUGAGGAUAAUGCAUUUGCUUCAUAGAAUUACCAGUAUUCCGUCAUAUCCCUUCACAACUUCGUUUGCAUCUUCUCUCCUUGUGAGGGAAUGUGCGGCUCAACUAGGGUGUUACGAAAGUAAUGAGAAUCACGCUUCCACCGAAUGGUAUUCACAUUCAUAACCUUUUUUUCAAAUGA